AUGGUCUACGAUAUGAGCCACAUGGCGGCGGGUCCGCCGCAGAGCAUUUCGCUGAGUCGCUACUACCUGGCCGACGAGGACGAGAUGGUGGGGCCGAACAAUCCGCAUCUGGUCAACGAGGAUUACGCGGCCAGUACGACGCUGGACAUCGAUAAGCGUUUCCAGGCGCGCAUGGCCUGCGAAACGGCCGCCCAACCGGCACCGCCGCCGCCGCCCACGCCGGCGCCACGACGCCGGACCACGCCCAUCGCCCACCUGGAUCCCUCGGAGCUGGUGGGCCUGUCGCGGGAGGAGCGACGUCGUCGCCGGAGGGCCACCCUCAAGUACCGGACGGCGCACGCGACCAGGGAGCGGAUUCGGGUGGAGGCCUUCAAUGUGUCGUUUGCCGAGCUGCGCAAGCUGCUGCCCACGCUGCCGCCGGACAAGAAGCUGUCCAAGAUCGAGAUCCUCAAGCUGGCCAUCUGCUACAUUGCCUAUCUGAACCACGUGCUGGAGACGCCCUGA